AUGUCGUCUCAACAGCUUGAGAGGUUGGAGUAUUCGGCUGAAGUUGAAAGCCGAUGGAAGUCGUUCAAGACUUUUUUCGACCAGAACCGGGCUGUAGUUGUGAACCGAUGGCUCGCUAUGAACAAGCAACAGCGGAUGGACCUCUUGGCCGCAAAUUGGCAACAAUCUGGGAAAAGGGACUCUGAAAAGAACUCUGAAAUGCCCAAAGACCAUCGUCCAGAUUUAAUGGAAGUGGCACCAUGGAGAGACAAUUCAAACAAGUACAGGAAGCUACUGCCGUUAAAGACAGGCCUGGACGAAAAUCACCAACGAUGGCCAGACUUUAAUCAAGAAGACUUAACCAAGCGCGACGAGUCAUUCCUGACAAUGCUGUCUUAUAGGGCGCAGGAGCAUCCCGGUCAGUUCGCUACACUCGACUGUUACCGAGAUAACAAAUUUAUUGCGGCAAAUGAAGGCCUCGUCGACCUGGAGCGCAGUUAUUUCUACCAGCGUGGAAUGGCCGUGGUGACAAUGACAGGCGAAUCAGACGAGGGAGACGAGUAUGGCACUAGGUAUUUCCCUGAUGAUGAGGAGGAGGUCAUAGCGCUACAGGAAGCAGGAGGCGUUUGGGCCGAAGUGCCAGCUAUUCAAGCGAUGGUGAAUCAGCGCAGAAUAUACCAUUUCCUGCAAUCAAUGGUGUUAAGGAUUGGGUUCGGGCAGUCGUACAAAGUCGCUAACGAAACGACUGAAGAGAAAUGGCUGCCUGAGUCUCCAGAUCCCCAGGAUGUUGGAACACCCAAGUAUGAGACGGAACUAGGUACCUAUGUCGGUUUUCUCCGUGAAACCAUGCAUUACACUGCGAUGAACACCAACUUGACACUCAUGGUGCUUGGUAUCUGCUAUCGGCAAUCGAAUUCCUAUGCGGCCCGGCUCAGGGGUCUGAAAUCAAGCCCACAGUUGUUGUACAAUCACAUUUCCGACAUACGCGAACAUUCACAUCACGAGAUCGCGUAUUCCCUCAAUAACGAAAAACAUCGAUGGGCGGCUUAUAAUAACAACUUGAGGAACCCCGAAAUGGUUGGUACAUAUCUCAUCAAGGCUCUUCAUGACCUGACAGAAGGUCUGGACGCCUGGUCCUUCGCCAUGAGAACUUGUGCGGUUUUGGCAAGAGAGGUCGACAAAGAGGAGCCCGACUUCAACAGAUAUAUUUCUUUGCUCGUUUACCUCUGCAACGUCUUGAGGACCCGCUCACAACUUGAGAAUCUGAGAACAACGCUUGCGUGUUCUCAAGGUCUGAGGAAAUAUUUCAGAAACGCCUCGUUUGAUGAAAACAAUCCAAUUCCGGAAACUGUGGGGAAUCAACGGCUUCCCAAGGAUAACGAAGAAUCCUCGCUUAUCUCACUCCUCAAGGCACUAAGGGAAAAAGACGUGUAUGAUGCGAUCAGUUUCGAAAGCGACGGCUGGGCGGAUGAAAUCGUGACCCUCUGUCAGAGGAAAGAGACUGGAGAAAGGUGGAUGACGAACUUUGCGACUGACAAGGCAGAGGAAAGUCGCGACGCCAUGGGCGCCUUUCUGGCGACAAAAAGGAUGUGGGAAAGAGAAUAUCUCGCUCGAAUCUACGAUCCCUACGACGAAGAGGAGCGGAAAAAUUACAGUUCGCAUUCAGACAGGCUUCGCGCAAUCAACCCGAUGGAUAGAGCAUUUAAAGCCAUUGUGUCGAAACAUAUGAUCCCCAAUCCCAAUCUCAAGUUCGACUAUCCGGACAUUGAGGACGAUCAACAAGACGCGAAGCGUCGAGAACAUGCGGCUACAAGGAAAGCGCUCUCCGAAGACGCUAUCACAGAAUUGAACAACGCCAUCCCACUUGCGACGGCAGACAACGGCGCCGACGUUGCUCUCGACCACCCUCCUCCACCUCCUGAGACUUCUCCCCAAGAUGAAGCGAAUCCGCCUUCUACACCUCCUGGUCCUUCUGGCCCAGUCGACCCUCCUACGCCGACCGGGAUGCUAGCGGGCCUUUCAGUCAUUACACCACCAAGAAGGCAACCCCCCGCUAUGAGAACUCCAGAGAAAAAGACGACCGAUGAUGGCGUGAAAAAGACCACUCCGCCGACGCGCCGGCGCCCACGCGUUGUCACACCUCCGCGACGACCAGAAACCGACCGCCGGCGAGAACGAGCAGAACGGUACCGACAAUUAGUAGAGCGAGAGCCCGAGCUCCCUGCUGCCGUCCCCAACACUGCCCCUGACCCGGCGGGACAGUAUCCAAAGAUCGAGCUUGACUCCAAAAACUACGAGCUUUUAAAGAGUUUGAUGACGACUGAUGGGCUCUCGAGGCCGGGCACGGUUCCAUGGAAUGAUAUAAUUGGAAUCUUCCGGGCUAUCGGGUUUUCGACCACGGUGUCCGGCCGAUUAUCCCGGGGCGGUCUCCAGAUAUUCACCCCAACCGAGGCACUCCGUCAAUCGCAGGGUAUCGACAAACCGAUUUCAAGAGAUCGGCCCCAUGGGCCAGAUCUUGACUUCAAAAAAGCAAGGAAAUUCUUUCGUGGAACCCAUGGCUUCGGAAAGUAUCCAAACUGGACUUUCGAUCACUUCAAAGAGGCCGGCACAUAG